CGUCAUUCGCUUUGAAUCAUCGAAAGCGCUGACGUCUUUUCGACAUGAAUCUAAUAGCAAUUGUGUUAACGACCGUGUGGGUCCUAGUUGCUCUAACUGCAGUCAGCGCAUCACCUGUAGGUGACUGUCCGCCAGUAGAUGCCCUAGAUCACACAGACCAUCUACCAGACAGCAAAAACUGUUCACUUUUCUACAAAUGUGAUCACGCAGCACCUGUAUUGUUUAUAUGUCCUGAUGGACUCCACUUCAACCCUGUGCUGGAAGUAUGUGACUGGCCAGACCGUGCAGGCUGUUCAGGUGGAUCACCAUCAACUGCAGCACCAAGCUCAUCCACAGCUGAUCCUACAAGUGCUGCCACUACAGCAGCUCCAACGGCAGCACCAAGCUCAACAACCAAUCCGACAUCUGCUCCAUCAGGAGACUGCCCAGCAGUUGGCACCUGCCCACAAUAUGAAGAUGAGAACUCUAUUGCUAAGCACCUUCCCCAUGCCACAAACUGCAGCCAGUUCUGUAAAUGUGACCAUGGAAAACCUGUCACAUUCGACUGUCCUGCUGGACUCCACUUCAACCCUACGCUAGAGGUAUGUGAUUGGCCAGACCAAGCAGGUUGCUCUGGUGGAUCAGUGUCAACUGAAGCUCCCAGUUCACCCACAGCUGCUCCCACAAGUGCAGCCACCACAGCAGCUCCAACUGCAGCACCAAGCUCAUCCACAGCUGCUCCUACAAGUGCCGCCACUACAGCAGCUCCAACACCAGCACCAAGCUCAACAGCCAAUCCAACAUCUGCUCCAUCAGGAGACUGCCCAGCAGUCGGCACCUGCCCGCAAUAUGAAGAUGAGAACUCUAUUGCGAAGCACCUUCCCCAUGCCACUAACUGCAGCCAGUUCUGUAAAUGUGAUCAUGGAAAACCUGUCACAUUCGACUGUCCUGCUGGACUCCACUUCAACCCUACGCUAGAGGUAUGUGAUUGGCCAGACCAAGCAGGUUGCUCUGGUGGAUCAGUGUCAACUGAAGCUCCCAGUUCACCCACAGCUGCUCCCACAAGUGCAGCCACCACAGCAGCUCCAACUGCAGCACCAAGCUCAUCCACAGCUGCUCCCACAAGUGCAGCCACCACAGCAGCUCCAACUGCAGCACCAAGCUCAUCCACAGCUGCUCCUACAAGUGCUGCCACUACAGCAGCUCCAACGGCAGCACCAAGCUCAACACCCAGUCCAACAUCUGCUCCAUCAGGAGACUGCCCAGCAGUCGGCACCUGCCCACAAUAUGAAGAUGAGAACUCUAUUGCUAAGCACCUUCCCCAUGCCACUAACUGCAGCCAGUUCUGUAAAUGUGACCAUGGAAAACCUGUCACAUUCGACUGUCCUGCUGGACUCCACUUCAACCCUACGCUAGAGGUAUGCGACUGGCCAGACCAGGCGGGCUGUUCAGGUGGAUCAGUGUCAACUGAAGCUCCCAGUUCAUCCCCAGCUGCUCCCACUAGUGCAGCCACUACAGCAGCUCCAACUGCAGCACCAAGCUCAUCAACAGCUGUUCCUACAAGUGCUGCCACCACAGCAGCUCCAACAGCAGCACCAAGCUCAACAGCCAAUCCGACAUCUGCCCCAUCAGGAGACUGCCCAGCAGUCGGCAGCUGCCCAGAAUAUGAAGAUGAGAACUCUAUUGCUAAGCACCUUCCCCAUGCCACUAACUGCAGCCAGUUCUGUAAAUGUGACCAUGGAAAACCUGUUACAUUCGACUGUCCUGCUGGACUCCACUUCAACCCUACACUGGAAGUAUGUGACUGGCCAGAUCAAGCGGGCUGUUCAGGUGGAUCAGCAUCAACUGCUGCUCCCAGCUCUUCCACAGCUGCUCCUACAAGUGCUGCCACUACAGCAGCUCCAACGGCAGCACCAAGCUCAUCCACAGCUGCUCCUACAAGUGCUGCCACUACAACAGCUCCAACAGCAGCACCAAGUUCAACAGCCAAUCCAACAUCUGCCCCAUCAGGAGACUGCCCAGCAGUCGGCAGCUGCCCACAAUAUGAAGAUGAGAACUCUAUUGCUAAGCACCUUCCCCAUGCAUCUGACUGCACCAAGUUCUGCAAAUGUGACCAUGGUACACCUGUUACAUUUGACUGCCCUGCUGGGCUCCAUUUCAACCCUACACUGGAAGUAUGUGAUUGGCCAUACCGUGCUGGCUGUGCAAAUAGUUCAGCCUGAUAGGCAUGUGCUACCAAAAUGGCUACUAUAGCUUCAGUCCACCAAUAUGGCUACUAUAGCUUCAGCCAAACUAAGUAGUGGUACACCUGGUAGAUCCACCGUGCUAUUCGCCAAUAAAGGGGCUUUUGAUUCAGUUUUUCCAUGUUGUACGUAUGUUGAAGAUUCUAUUGUUAAGCAUCUCAGACACAGAACCAACUGAGGUCUAUAUUGCUUUUGCAGUCAUGGCGCACCAAUCACUGAAAUAUAUUCUUUUGUACUGUUUUUCAUUGUGAAACUGUAGGUGUGAGACUCUCAUUUUGACUCUAUGUGUGAGUAAGUGAAAAUCUAAUAGAUGUAUUUAUAUUUAAAUUUAUAUUUGUUUUUAUUCACGUAACUGUAUAUUGUACAAAUUAAUUUCAUAAUACACAGCAAAAUGUUACGUUUAGUUUUACCGAACUCAUAUUUAGACUCUUUACAUAGACAUAGAAACAGUAGAUGUCACAUAUGUUGAAAUGUUUUUUAUUUUUGGUCCACUGAAAUACA